CGCGAAAAAGUCGUCGUCAUUGUCGUUCAUUUCCGGCAAACAUGGCCGUCUCUUCUUACGGCUGAACGACCAAACAAAGCAGCGAAGGCUUUUCGACGCGUUUUCUCCCUUUCUCGCCUUCCUCUGCUCGGCGGACGAAAAAGAGCGACUUUUGUUAUGGAAACAGAGGAACAGGCUCGGACCCGCUUCCAGUCAGAGUUGGAGUUCAUCCAAUGUUUGGCCAACCCAAACUAUCUCAACUUCCUGGCUCAGAGGGGCUUCCUGAGGGAGAGGCCCUUCAUCAACUACCUCAAGUAUCUGUUGUACUGGAAGGAGCCCGACUACGCCAAGUUUCUCAAGUACCCGCACUGCCUGCACAUGCUGGAGCUGCUGCAGUACGAGCACUUCCGCAAGGAGCUGGUGAACGCGCAGUGCGCCAAGUUCAUCGACGAGCAGCAGCUGCUCCACUGGCAGCACUACUCCAGGAAGCGAACGCGGCUGCAGCAGGCGCUGGCCGAGCAGCCCCCGCCUCAGCAACAGCAGCAGCAGCAGCAGCAACAGCCGCCGCCGCCGCAGCACGCCAACGCCGCCGCCAAGUGACCUCAGCUGCCCCGCUUGAUUGUUUUUGCUGGCUGGAAAAACAAUAAAUGUUGAAAUCUG